AUGUCAGUGAAGAAACUCACAAGCUCCCAAGAGCUCGAAGACGCCUCCAAGUCCGGCGUGUCCGUGAUUUGGAUCUACGAUUCCGACGGAGCGAACGUGGGCUUCGGCAAGAAGUACGAGAUCGUCGCAACCGACAACUCCGGCGCAACGUUCUACAAGGCUGGGCACGAGGAUGUGAAGGACGCGAUUAAAUCGCAGGGCUUGGAUGUCGAUUGGAUUUUCGUGUUCAAGGAUGGACAGAAGGUUGGGGACCAUCGUGAGGACCACAAUUCUGUCGAUGCGCUGGCCGACAAGCUCCGCACGCAACAACAGCUCGAAUCGCUGCAGAACAAAUUCGUCGGCACAGGCCACGCCGACACCACCAAGCACGAGUGGACGUCGAACAUCGCGCGCGACUCGUACUCCAGCUACCAAGGACAUGCGUCGCUGCUGCACUACAUGAGCAUCGGGAUGGGGCAGUCGGUGGAGCGGACGCGGAUGCAUUGUAUGGAGGGGAUGGUGUUGCCUGUGGGGCCGCCGCCGGCGGCGGUGGAUGAUUGA